AUGCCCCCGCCUACAAGCGCCAGCGGCGCCACAGUCGCCGCGGUCUCCGUUACAACGACGCGCCUUUUAAUCACCUACCACCCACACGACCUGCCGCCCGGCGGCGAUCCGCUCGUAGUGAGCAGCCCAGCGCCUCUUUAUAAGUACACUCGAUACGAGCCGGCAGGGCUCUCCUUCCACGAAGCUGCGAAGCGAUUGGCGGGAUUCCACGCGGCGGGGGAGGAAGAUGCGGAGGAGGCGGACGAGGGGAAGGGCGAGAAGGUGAAGGACUCAGUCGAUUCGUCGGCGUGGGAAAGUUCGCGGAAGAAGAAGAAGGGGAAGGAUGGGAAGGACGCGGAGAAGCAGGAGCAGGACCACUACGCUCUGCUGGGCAUGGCGCACCUGCGUUUCUUGGCUACAGAAGACCAGCUUAAGAAGGCGUACCGGGAUGCAGCUCUGCGCUUCCACCCGGACAAGCAGGCUGCAAUGCUGCUGGAGGAGCAAACUGACGAGGCGCGGGCAGCCAAAAAGGAAGAGAUCGAGACCAAGUUCAAGGCGAUCCAGCUGGCCUACGAGGUCCUCUCAGACCCGGCCAAGCGCCGAGUGUACGACUCUACAGAUGAAUUUGACGAUGAUAUUCCGGGUGAUUGCUCCCCCGAGAAUUUCUUUAAGAUUUUCGGGCCUGCUUUCCAGCGGAAUGCCAAGUGGUCGGUGAUUAGCCCAACCGAGGUUCCGGGUUUAGGGGAUGAGAACACGCCGGUUGCCGAGGUGGAUAAGUUUUACGAUUUCUGGUGGGCGUUUAAGAGCUGGAGAGAGUUUCCUAACGAGGAUGAUUAUGACGUGGAGAGUGCGGAGGAUCGGGAGCACAGGAGGUGGAUGGAGCGGCAGAAUGCGAAGCUUAGGGAGAAAGCGAAGAAGGAGGAGAGUGCGAGGAUAAGGCAGUUGGCGGAGAAUGCUUAUAAGCAGGACCCGCGGAUUCUGAGGAGGAAGGAGGAGGAGAAAAUGGCAAAGCAGCGGAAGAAGGAGGAGAAGCAGCGGGAGAGGCAGGCGAAGGAGGAUGAGGGGAAGAGGAAGGUGGAGGAGGAGAGGAAGAGAAAGGAGGAGGAGGAGAAGCGGGCAGCGGAGGAGGCAGCAGUGGUUAAGAAGCAGAGGGAGAAGGACAAGAAGGCAGCGAGGAAAGAGCGGGCGAGGCUGAGAGCGGCGACAACGGAUUGCCUUGAAGCCGCGCCUGCGGUAACCAGCAAGCAAAGAAAACAGCAGCAGCAGGAGAAGCAGAAGGGAGAGGAGUGGGAGACGCCGAUAACAGAAGAGGAGUUGGAGAGUCUAGGGCAGGGUCUGGAGUUGGAGAAGCUGCGAGCGCUCUGCGAAAAGCUAGAAUCCUUGUCCGCUUCUACCGCCUCUGCUGACGCUGCAGCAGUGAAGCGGCAAACCCUCCGACUGUUCUCCACCGCUCUGAAAGUCAACCGGUGGGACGGGCACAGUCCGGACUUUGAGUACCAGCAAAUCCCCGUGGUUCUCUCCGAAGCUGCGGCAGCGGCGGCAGCGGCAGCAGCAGCGGAGCGAGAGGCGGAGGCGGAGAAAGAGAGAGAGGCGAGAAGGGCGGCAGGGGGGAGUGGGAAGCCGUGGACGAGGGAAGAGAUAGAGCUGCUGAGGAAGGCGGUGGGGAAGUUUCCCAAGGGGACCGGGCAGCGGUGGGAGGUGAUAGGCGCGUAUUUAGGCACGGGGCGGUCGGCAGAGGAGGUGGUGCGGGCGACCAAGACGGUGCUGCUGCAGAAGCCAGACGACACCAAGGCGUUUGACAGCUUCCUGCAGCGUCGCAAGAACCCCAAGGACAUUGCGUCGCCUCUCUCCACACGUGAGGAGCUUGAUGCUGCCGCUGCGGCUCCUGCUGCUGCCGCUGGUGCUGCUGCUGCUGGUGCUGCCACCCCUGCAGUUCCUGCCUCGUCGAAUUCCCCAGCUAAAGCAGCAGGAGCAGGAGGAGCAGCAGCAGCAGCAACACCAGCAGCAGAAGCAGGGAAACAAGCAGGGGCAAAAGCAGCAGCAGCAACUGCAGCAGCUGCAGUAGCAGCGCCAGUGGCGAAUGGAGUGGGGGCGGCAGGCAAAGGGGCUAGUACAGGGGCAAAGGGCCCGCAGGUGGGGGAGUCUGCAGGUGCUGCGAAUGGUGUGGCUGCUGGGGCAGGUGCUGCUGGCGCAGGUGCUGCUGGGGCAGGUGCAGCAGGUGCAUCUGCUGCGGCAGAAGGGGCAGUGGAUGUGUGGGGCGAGGCACAGGAGGUGGCGUUGGUGAAGGCACUUAAAGCCUUCCCCAAGGACACUGAUAAACGGUGGGACCGCAUAGCAGCAGCAGUGCCCGGCAAGAGCAAGGCGCAGUGCUUCAAGAAGUUCAGUGAGCUUCGGCAGAGCUUCCGAACCAAGAAGAGUGGUGCGGCGGAUUAG